ACAUUUCGACGGAAACAAAAAAAUCGCGAUUCCUAUAUUGUUCGUUCGUUUUGACCCUUCGACUAGCCGUACGUUAGUUAUUGCUGCGAGUGUGUGUUUUGUGAACGACGACGUUAUGAGGGACCGGCUAAAGUUGCUACGAAAACUGGAUUACUAAACUCGUUUUCCGCGAUGAAACCGCCCUCCCGCCCGCGAGCUGUACCACAGCGCUUUCAAACCAAGCAGACGGAGUCCCAGCGGCCGCCGCGCAUGCGAAGCGUGUGGUGCACCUGGCGUGCAGUCGAGCGGCGCCACCUGCUGGCGGGGCUCAGGAGGCAGUCCAGCAAAGCUGAAGUGGACCUUGAUGCGCUGCAAAAGAAACUACCCAAGCGCUCAGUGCAGGAGAUUUCCAGCUUCCUGGAGUUCCUUAAAGGUCGUGUGGGUAGGUGUGUGGUCCAUCGAGUGUGGUCUCAGAAGCGAGAGGAGCGCAAGGAGAAAGUUCCUAUCCAGUUGUGGUCAGACCUGGCAAAAACCAUGGUGGGGUCGCUGGAAGAGGCCAUUUCUUCAGCCUUUUCACAGGUACUGGUAAUUGGAGCCACGGAACCCUGCAGCCUCCUGCACUCUGACCCUCCUCACCACAUCAGCAUCUCCGAGCUCACAGAGUCCAGUCUGCAUACCAUUCUCCCGAAGCCCAAAAUCACAUCCACUUCUAAUGACAAGUUGAGAACUAUGGGGCCUUCAAAUGGAGCUGAACCUCCACCCAAAGAUCCGCUUCAGGGGACUGCAGUUGUAGCUGUUACACCCAGCACGCAUCAGUUGUCCCCCACACUAGUUUCUUCUGGCCCCAGUGAAGAGUCUGAAUCCAUAAUUUCUCCAAGUCCAGCACAUGCUAACCAGCCUGCAGCAGACCAGAAUCAUUUGAAAAAGAAACCUUCCAGUAGUCCUCAGCCUGACCCACCUGUUCAAGAGGGCACUAACACAGGCUUUGAGGGUCCUUCCCAAAGAGAUACCUCCAGCAGUCAGCUUCCAGCAUCAGCUCAGCAACCAUCGCAGAACAAACCGAAGGAAAAAGAUUACAUAGUGAAUUUUGAAAACAUUUAUCAUUUUCUGAAUGCACUCAACAAGAAGGCAAAGGAGCCCAUUCUCACUCCUAUGGAAAGUGCAGUAGUCCUGGACCUGCUGCUAUCUCUGCCUGAAGAACUCCGUCUACUCGACUGCCAGGCACUGCAGAGUCACCUGCGUCAGGUAUACAUGCGGCUCACUGCAACAGCGGAGGCCACACAUGGCAAGCAGCGCCCUUGUUCCCUUAGCCCUGCAUUGUGCCACACCCCUUCUGGGAUUAAGGUGCCAAAACAAGAGCUUACCAGCCAUUUGGACAGUGGGCAAACAGACAUAUCUGAAGAUGCAGACAACAGAUCAAUACACCAUCUUGGGAAUGGAGAUGAUUGUUCACUCGAGAAACAGAUCAAUACAGGUGACCGAGACAAAGAUGGAAGUGUUGAUUUGUCAGAAGCAAAUCAAAGGGACGAAAGCAUGGAAUUAAACUCCAGUGAGUCCCCCAAUGCACCAGCUGCAAUUGUCAACCAAUCUGGAGAGUGUGUUUUUUCUAGUAAUAAAACUGUGGCUAUGCAGAAUCUUGCUGAUGCUGAAAGCAGUUUGGCCUCACCUUCUCUGGGCCCUGGAGCAGGACAGAAGGCUGACUGGUCAACUGUGGGGCUGUGCCCAUUGAACCCCUUCAUGAUCCCCCUAAAGCUACUGGCACGAUCUGCCAUGAUCCCAGUGGUGGCAGACGACUCACAGCUGGCAUGUCCGACAGUAGAUGCCGCAUCAGACUGAACAUGAAACCGACAUGGGAGGUGGGUCUGUAUUGCACAGACGUGAAAAGGACUUGCUAAGGUUCUUGUUUUUUUUUCAGAAGUUACCUGCUGCCAGUGUUCUGUUUUUAUUUUGUAAGAGAUACGGUGAUAAUUAAAGUGUUCAUUAUUAAACAUUGACGAAUUCCUCACAGUGUGGUCUCGCUGAUGUAGCCUAAAGUACUGUCAUCCAUGGGGCUGGGCUUUGUAGCUCUGUUAAAUGUUGUCUAAAUUGUCCACUGAAGAUUGUGAUCAGAGAUGACAAAAUGUUAAAAGAUGACUGUAUCUGUCAACCGAGGCAGGAAAAAGAAAACAUAUUUUAAAAAAAAACUCAGGGUUUGGGUGACUUUUCUGAUUGCAGUAAGAAAUAAUGAGAAUAAACAAUAGAGGCCUUUCACAGGGUAAAUGCUACAGAUGAAGGCAACGGAGACUUGUACCCGGAGGUAAGAGCCAGUCACACCCCACUAGUUUAAGCACAGUCAGACA